UAUUUUAUUUUAUUAAAAUACACGUGCCGCUCCCGUCUGCUCCAAAGGCACUGUCUCUUCUUCCACAGCUACUGUGCCAGCCUUCCACCACCGCGCGAGCGUCCCACCGUGCCACCACGCCGGCUUCCUACCGUGAAACCACCACCACUCCUCACCGCCUCACUACCUCCUAUCAUACAAUCAACUCCUACCGCGCCGCCACCUUCGACCUCGCCAUCACCUCCACAGCGACACCAAAUCCCACCGCGCCAAGCGUCGACUACAGCGCUAGAUUAAUUUUCGAUAAGAAACGGUCAUAUCUCCGCCGCCAUUGCCUUUGAACAUUCGUCUGUGAGCAUUGACAAUAAUGGAAUCGAUAGUGAAAAAAUUUCGGUCAAAAUUCAUCAAAGUUAGGGAAGAGAUAAAUAGAUGGGACGAACUUCAAUCUUGCUUAAUUUCACAGUUUAGGAACGCUUCCCAUAUUGUCGAUAGGUUACAGUUGCUUCAAAAUUCCAACAAUCAUGGUGUUCUAAAUUGUGUCAGUGGCAUGAGAGGUGCUCUUUUGGAGAAGCAAAUUGAAUCGCUCAGCAACAUUUUGGUUUCCAUGAGAAAGACUUUGGAAGAGUUUCGUUGUAUUGCCUUAUCUCUUGACAAAAUUCACCGAGACAGUAGACAACUAGUGAAUGGCGGUUCUUCUCAACUGAAUAAGAAACAAUUGCAGCAACAAGUUGGCAUGAAACCUAGUGUUAUUUAUUGCCUUGAUAGCCUGAUGUUAAUACAUGAGAUAUACAACUCUGAGUAUUUAUUAAAAUCAUCAGUGAUCUCUGCCCUAUCCGAAAUGGCUUUAAAACCCAGUGUCAGUGAUCUCGUUGCACUUCAGCAACUCUUGGUUGAUCAACCCAAUAUCCAAACUGAGGAAGUUCAAUUUGUAUUUGAUAUGAUAUUUGCCGAAGAACUGAGUUGAAGAACCUCUCUACUAUGGAUGUUGACUAUGAACCGGGUUAUGCCUGAGCUUUUUAUAUUUUAUCUUCAUUUAAAUAUUUUUUGACAGUCAUAUUUUACUUCCCAAUAUAAACU